AUGGCUGGAAUAGGUCUUGUAGCACCUAACCCAUUCCUAGCAACCCCAGGAGAACCUCCUGUGCCUUGGUCACGAUGGAUUUUGAGCUUCCAAACGUAUUUGACUGCAAGCGGGUUGGACACAGCGGAGAUACCCGACCUCCGCCGCGCAAUCCUGAUCCACUGUUUGGGCGCAGAGGGGCAGCGGAUCUUCGGACAGCUGGAAGUGUCUACUACCGGUACGUACGAUAAAGCUGUUGAUGAACUUGAGAAAUAUUUUGGGCCAAAAACAAGUGUGAUGAUUGAACGAUAUCGUUUCCGACAGAGAGUACAAGGUCAUGGGGAGCCAGUAAAACAAUAUGUGGCAGCCAUAACCGAACUGGCAUCCAAGUGCAAGUUUGGCACCUUAAACGAUGAACUGGUUAGAGAUCAACUAAUCGAAAAGACGUCUAUUCCCCGUAUUAGAGAACGUCUGUUAAUGGAGGAUGACGGUCUGACACUUAAGAAGGCGCUCGAUCUAGCGAUCCAGAUCGAAGCCGCAAUGCUGGACGCCAAGCUCCUCAAACAACACGAUGUGACUGUGAGUGCCAGUACAGGACAUAGUCAUACUGCACAUCAGGCAACUCCAGUACAGAACAUCAAACGACCAUAUCAUAACAAAGCUCGCUCUAACCAUGCUAACUCGAAGUCGUGUUCGAACUGCGGACGGACACACCCUCCGAAAGCGUGUCCAGCGUUUGGAAAACGUUGCAAUUCGUGCUCGAAGAUGAACCAUUUCUCUAGCGUAUGCAGAGCUACCAAGAAAAGUGCAUCUUCAGUUCGACACGUUGAUGAACCAAUAGAGGGCGACAUAGCAAGCAGCGUGUUCACACUCUCAGACCGGAUUUCUUCAGCAAAUUCAGGUCAGUUCAAAGAAUGUGAAGUGCAGAUUGCUGGUACUAACCUCUCUUUGAUGAUUGAUGUGGGGGCCAAAGUGUCAAUUCUUAGUGAUAAACUGUAUCAUCGACAUUUCUCACAUUGUAGCAUGUCAUCGACAUCGAGCAAGCUCAUAGCAUAUGGUGAACCACCUACACUGAUUUCCGUUCUGGGCACGGUUGAGCUUCCUGUCGGGUACAAGGAUGUACAUCUCGACAGCUUUACGUUCUACAUAGCGAAGGGCGAGAGCCUUAUGGGAGUCAAUCUGUUCGACGCCCUAGGAUUUCAGAUGAACGACCACACUGGUGAACGCAUUCGGCUCAUAGACAAUGCGUAUAGAGAACGCUAUGCUGCACUUUUCAAUGAGUUUGGUAAAUGCAAAGGAUAUUGCCAUGCACCAAGGGUGGAUUCCUCAGUCCCACCUACUGCACAGAGUCUCCGUCGACUUCCGUUAGCUGUCAGGGAUGAAGUCUCAAAGGAACUUCAUAGGCUUGAAUCCGAUGGCAUCAUCGAGCGCAUCGAUUCAUCCCCGUGGGUGUCUAAUCUGGUCAUCGCACGCCGUAAGAAUGGAGAUCUUAGACUUUGUGUAGAUUUGAGGGCGGUCAACAAGGCAAUCAUUCCGGAUAAGUAUCCUCUUCCUACUAUGAAUGAACUUUCAGCUUCAUUCCACGGAGCUAAAGUUUUCUCUAAACUAGACAUGAGACGUAGCUAUCUCCAGGUUCCGCUAGCAGAGCAGAGCCGCCAUCUCACUGCAUUCAACACACACAUAGGCAUGUUUCAGUAUCGCCGUAUGACCUAUGGACUGAACUCAGCACCUAGCGCAUUCCAGAAAAUCGUUUCUUCAGUUCUAGCUGGAAUCGAGGGCACGUUGAAUCUCCUUGAUGAUGUGGUAGUCUUCGGAGAGGACAAGGCUCAGCACGAUCAACGAUUAGCAGAAGUCAUGACGCGCCUCGCCAAGCAUAACUUGACGCUCAACGAGGCCAAGUGCACGUUCGCUGCUUCGGACAUUGAUUUUCUGGGAUAUCAUGUCACUGCAGAUGGUCUGACGCCUACACUCGACAACGUUGCAGCUAUCCGAACACUCCCAGCCCCAACGAAUGUGAAGGAGCUAGCCUCAUUCUUGGGAACAACGAACUUCUACAGCAAAUUCGUGCCACAAUACGCAGCAAUCGCAGAACCUCUGCAGAAGCUUCUCCGGAAGGACGCGCUUUGGGAAUGGCACAACGCACAAGAGACCGCAUUCAACACGCUCAAAGGAAGAAUCGCAGAGCCGCCAGUUCUCGCUCACUUCACUCCAAGCGCUGAAACGUACGUGACUACAGACGCGUCAGCGUUCGCUAUCGGAGCAGUGUUAUCGCAAACGAUCGACGGCAGUGUACGUCCGGUCGCAUUCGCAUCUCGAGCGUUGUCGGACACAGAGCGAAAGUAUUCUACAGGAGAACGCGAAGCUCUCGCAUGCAUCUAUGCCUGCGAACACUGGCAUAUGUACCUCUACGGUCGCAAGUUCACACUUCGUACUGACCAUCAAGCCUUAACAACCUUGUUGAGCACUUCAGGAUCUGGACACCGCCCACUCCGCAUCUACAGAUGGUCAGAUCGACUGCACCAAUAUGAUUUCAAGGUCGAAUAUCUCGCGGGUUCACGCAACCGAGUAGCAGAUAUGCUUAGCCGUACACCGAACGCGAAUAGCAAUCGCGAUAGCCAUGCAAGAAGCGACAUCGAAGACGACGUCGAAGACUACGUUCUUAUGGUGAUCUCUCACGUGACCGCAAAGCUUGUGACACGUGAGCAGCUGAAAACAGAGUCAGCCGCAGAUGCAACUUUACAGAAGGUCUGUCAUUAUCUCCAAACAGCAUGGCCUAGAGAGAUUUCCGAAGACCUCGUUCCAUAUCAUUGUGUUCGCAAUGAGCUAGCUAUCUUCGACGACACGUGUAUCGCCCGUGGCACCCGAGCGGUAAUCCCGAAAUCGCUUCAACAUCGUGUGUUACAAACCGCACAUGAAAGUCAUCCAGGUGUGGUGAAGAUGAAGCAACGAUGUCGCGAAGCAAUCUGGUGGCCAGCGAUCGAUCGACGCGUAGAAGAUCUCGUCAGAUCUUGUGAAGCGUGUACUCUCAGCGAGAAAACUCAACCGCGGCCAGCACCACUGCAGCCGACCCCAUGGCCGAAGAAGCCAUGGCAGCAACUUCAAGUCGACAUCUUUGGGGAAGUCCAAGCCGCUCCUCAAAGUCAGCGAUUUUUGUUAGUUGUACACGACCUCCAUAGCAAGUGGCCUGAGAUAGCAGCAACAAGCUCAGUCACUACGACAUCAGUCAUUAGCAUCUUGGAGAAGAUGUUUACCAAGUGGGGUCUUCCAGAAUCUAUCACCACGGACAAUGGACCACAGUUCACGUCUGAACAGUUCGAAGAAUUCCUAGCCGUUAAUGGAAUUCAACAUCGCCUCACAACUUGCUACAACCCUCAAAGCAAUGGCGGCGUAGAGCGUUUCAACCGGGUAAUCAAGGAGAGCUUGAAAGCGAAUCUCGCAGAUGGAAUGACCUUCGAUAAGGCCAUCCAGACCCUACUACGCACGUAUCGCUCAACACCUCAUUCGCUAACCGGAAAGACUCCAGCAGAGUUGAUGUUGGGACGGAACCUCCGUAUGCCAUUCAACAUCCUGAAACCACCGGUUUCAGAGCCUGCAAGCACACAGGCUGAAGCGAGAGAGAUUGAGAGGAAACAGCAAAGCAUGAAAGCGUACACUGACAAACGCAGACGAGCAAUCACACCGAAAUUCGCUAUCGGUGACUGGGUUCGUGUAAAGCGUCCAAAUCGCAAGCACAAGCUAGCUUCGGGGGUAUCGAAACCCAAACAGAUCGUGAAGAAGCUCGGCUCGAAUGCUUUUGUACUAGAUGACGGAACGCGAUGGAACACCAGACGCCUUAUCGCGAGCAAGCCAGGCAAUAUGAAUGAAAGCGAUUGGGAAGACACCUUUCCAUUCCCUACAAGCACUGAAGAUCAAGAGCAACAGCGAGCAGAAUCGCGAACUGUUCGUCGUUCUCAGCGUCUAAGGAGACGACCUGGAUAUCUACGAGAUUACAGAUCUUAA